CUGCGUUGGAAGCUUCAGACAACCAUGAUUCUACUCGAACCCCACAAUGUUAUCAUUCAACAAACGCUCGGGGAAAAACUUGUAAAACCCUCUUCGCUCGAUGUACAGUUUGUCGACUACGACGGCGUCCGGUUCCAUCUAUCCACACCAGAGAAGAAGACAACUCUCCUUCUGUCGAUGCAUAUACGAUGUUGGGCUGAGCUUGUGCAGUAUGGGGCGUUGGAUGUGCUGAAGCGCGAAUACGGAUCUCUGUUGAAGGAUGAGGCUGAGCCAGAGUAUCAUGUUAGUCUUGAGAUCGACCUGGAGCAGGCCCCAACCGGCGCAGAGGACCGUGAAGCAUUUAUCACUUCCAUCUCCCUGUUGAAGCGCAAUACUCUAGCCGCUCCCUUUGAACUCGCUUUCAAGUCUCAAAAGCAAUUGGAGAAUGCAGGGACGGGCCAGGGUGAACUGAUGCAGAUUCAUUACCGCGACGAAGAAGGCAUUUAUGUGCAAUCGUCGCCUGAUCGUGUCACCGUUAUAUUCUCAACCGUGUUCAGCGAUGAGACAGAUCGUAUCUAUGGCAAAGUUUUCCUCCAGGAAUUCGUCGAUGCUCGUCGUCUCCCAGCAAUCCAAAAUGCGCCUCAAGUCCUUUAUUCUAGCCGGGACCCUCCUCUUGAGAUUCGCCAUUUAGGAAAUCUGCGCAACACAGAGGACAUGGGAUACGUAACUUUUGUGCUGUUCCCCCGACACUUCUCGAACCCUACCGUGGCCGCGACGACUAUCUCCCACAUUCAGCUCUUCCGAGACUAUUUGCACUAUCAUAUCAAGUGUUCCAAGGCGUACAUGCACUCACGUAUGAGGCAUCGUGUCGCUGAGUUCCAGAAAGUUUUGAACAGGGCCAGGCCGGAAGUGGCCCCCUCAGGGGACAGGAAGACUGUUAGUGGCAAAACUAUGAUAAGCAGGUGAAGAUUAGUGAUGUAGGAUCCUCUGUACAAUAUGAUACGAUGGAUUGCUGCUGGGUGUUGAUCAGUAUCGAGUAAUGCAAUGUUUCUGAAACCCCUGGUUUCCCUCUGCACCAGAUCAGCUAGCUGUAAAAAGUCUGCAGG